GAGCCUAGCAGCUGUGGAUUCAGCCUGGUAGAUAGACAAUGAAUCCAGUUCAUGAUUGAGUCACGUUCAAAUCGCGCAUGCGUGUUCUAUCCAGCGUCCAUUGAAGUCAUCCAGCGGAGAAAAGAAGAACCCUUGGUCGGUAUUUUGUUUGGAGCGUUUGAAUUUGUGAUAUUUUUUAAAGGCAAGGGAAGUCACGUGCUUUUUAAUAUCAUUUGAAUAUUAGAUUUUCAUCUGAUCUUGCUGAUCAUCGAAAUUUGUCUUCGAAAACUCCAAGAUUAUUCUUCAAAAUGGCGACAUCGGAAGUUUCAGGUCGACGUAAGGCGUCCAAGAGACCGUUCCCUGCCGCCGCCUCUGAACCGUCUUCUAACGGACCAGUUCAGGCAAGUGAACUAGUACCUACCCCGGCCAAAAAAACCAAAGCAAAUGAGUCUGGAGUCACUAAAACCAAAGUUAAGAAAGAAAAUGACGUUACUGUUGCUCACAAGGUCAUUGAUUCUGAAAGCAAUGAUAAAGAAAAUCAAGGCACUAAACAAGUUCUUGUUUUUAAUUGGACAUCAGAGGAACUUACUCAGUUGGUCACAAAUUUGUCUACUUGCUUACCUCGAACUGACAAUGUGAAAUAUACUACACUUAUAGACAAGCUGGACUGGGAGAAAGUUCGAUUUGGACCAUAUACAGCUGCACAGUGUAAGGAGAAAUGGAUGCAAAUAGUAACUAAAUUGCGCAGAUUUCGCACAUUAACUGACAUGGUGACUGAUGCUAAAGCGUGGUUGAAGCACCCGUGGUCUUCGUAUAGCUCAUCUAAAAAACAGAAACAUCCAGAGAUGCCCAAGAAGCCUUUAACCCCUUACUUCAGAUAUUUUCUUGAGAAAAGAGAAAAAUAUAGCAAAGAUAAUCCAGAAAUGUCUAUGACUGAUUUAGCUAAACUUCUCUCUAAAAAAUUCCAGCAGCUUCCUGAGAAGAAAAAACAAAAAUAUAGAGAGGCUUAUGAAAAGGAAAAUGAAGUAUACAAAAAAGAGCUUGAAAAAUUCAAAAAGUGUCACCCAGAACAGUUUCCGACUCCAGAGAUGAAACAGCAAGCUGCUGCUGCUGAAGGACCUGAUAAGCCACUGAAUGCUUUCAAUAUUUUUGUGAAUGAUCGUCUAAAAAAAGCUGAAUUUAGCCAGAUGGAUAAGCGUGAAACCAUGGAAAAAUUGCGUAAACUAUGGACUAACUUGUCAGAUAACAAAAAAGUUAAAUGGAUUAGGAAAGCCAUUCAAGAUGAGCAACGUUAUGGGAUGGAAGUUGAAAAAUAUCGUAGUGAGCAUCCUGAUUUUCAUCCAGAACCUGUCAAGGCAGUUUUAAGUAAAGCUGAGAAAGAAUUGAAGGAUCGUUGUGACGGGAAACCAGAAAGACCACCUAAUUCUGGAUACAGUUUGUUUUCACGCAUAAAGUUAAGAGAACUGAAGGAUCUUCCAUCAAAAUCAAAGAUGGGUGAAAUCUCCAGGAUGUGGAAACAACUCUCUGAUACAGAUAGGGAGAGCUUAAACAAACAGGCUCAGAUGGCUAUAGCUAAAUAUAAGGAAGAAUAUGCUGCCUAUUUGAACAAUUUGCCUGAUAAUGAGCGGGAAAGGCUUGAAAGUGAGGCAAAACCUGCCAGCAAAAAGAAACCAGCCAAUCACAUUACUAUUGAAACUGUUAACAAUGAUGUGACAGAAUUAGAGGCAAUUGAAGGAGCUAGACCAAAAAAACCUUUAUCUGCAAUGUUCUACUUCCAACAGGAGAAAUUCGCUGUUACUCGUCAAAAACACCCUGAAAUGUCCAAGCAAGAUGUAAUGAAGAUGCUAGCAAAGGAUUAUAAUGAUUUAUCUGAGAAGAAAAAAGAAAAAUACAAAAAAAUUGCUGAAGAAGCUAAAAAAGCUUAUGAUGAAGGAUCAACUUCAAAAGGAAAACAUGAAACAACAACUAGUGGGAAAAAGAAGCUAUUUAAAGGAGAACCCAAGUGCCCUCCUCAAAGUGGCUAUGGAUUAUUUUUGUCGGAAAAAUUGAGUGAGUUAACUCACAUGGAUCCUAAACUACGCAUGACAGAAAUACCUAAAUUAUGGAAAGCCAAGUCAGCUGCAGAAAAAGAUGUUUAUAGUAAACGAGUAAAGGAAAUGUUAAGAAAAUACAAUAAAGACAUGCAGAAAUUUUUGAAAGGUCUUACAGUUGGGGAGUUUCAAGAAUAUGAUAAAUACAGAAAAGCUACAAAAAAGAAAAGCAAAAAAGGAGCUGAAGCAAUACAGAAAGUCAUUAAAAAGGAAUCUGAAUCAGAUAGCUCUGAUGAGGAUUCAUCUGAUGAUGACGAUGACUCCGAUAAAAGUGACGGAGAUGGUUCUGGGUCCGGGUCGGGCUCAGGAUCAGAUUCGAGUUCUGGAUCUGAUGAUUCUGGCAGUGACUCUGGAAGUGAUGAUGACGACGAUGAGGAUGAUGAUGACGACGAGGACGAUGAUGAAGAUGAUGAUGACGAUGAAGAUGAAAAAAAAAAUGGGGAAGAUAAUGAAUCAAGUUCUAGUGAUAGCGACUCUGAUAGUGGUAGCGGCUCUGACAGUGGAAGCGAUAGCGAUGGCAGUAGUGAUUCCGGAUCCGAUAAAUCAGACAAUGACGAAAAGAGCAGUUAACUCUAAUCAGCCUAUCAGUGCAUUCAUAUAAACAUUAUGAGGAUGCAUUUCUUGUCCUCAGCCAUACAAGUGCCUAUUUCAUUUUUGAUUUUUACUGUAAGUUAUAUGUAUAAAAAAAAUCGUUGCUUUAUGUUGAAGUAUCCUAAAUUGCAGCUGUACAUCUCAUCUCUGCAACCCAGUGCAAUUAAAUUGACUUAAUUUUUGACUUGUUAAAAAUUGCAAUAUCCUGGGUAUUUGUAUGACUUUCGUAUAUUUGAAAAGCAUGAAGUAUAGCAUACAUUUCAUGACUUGAUACUGUGGACCAAGCAUGCAUCUAAUAAUGGAUUAUUCUUUUUUAAAUAUUAAGCUUAGAGUAUAAUCUAGAAGUGUUGUUAUGAAAAACUUAUGUUACUUGACUAAACCAGACAUAUGUUUAAAAGAGUAUGAAAAAUUAUAACGUAAUCUUUCCAGAUUUAUAAAAUUGUGUAAUGUUCCUAACUGAAUGAAAUUUUGUAUAUUUUUAAUAUAUUGAGAAAAAAAAUGUGAUCUUUUUUUAUCAAAUCUUCCAAAUUAAGUCUUCUGAAUCACGGUUAAUAAUCGGUUAAAUUCACAAAGGAAUAUGUAAAGUGCAGAGACUCCAACCUCUAGUCAGUUUUCCGCUGUAACCAUGAAACAUUUCAGUAGUUUUCAAUCCCUUUUAAUAUAGUUCCCUUUUAGUUUCAGCAAACUUAAGGAAUUAAUAAUUAAUUGGUGCUAAAAAUAAACAAGUUUUUCCUAUUUUGAAAAUUUUGCUUGUCCUAAUAAUGUUGCAGUUCAAGUAUCAAAAUUUAAAAAAUUGGGAAGGAAUUUUCUGAUAACAUAAUAAAUAACUUAUAACUGCCGAAAAAAGGUUUAUACUGUAAAAAUGAUUAACAUAUGUUCCAGCUGCCGGAAAUGAUUGGGAAAUAACAUUAAUUAACUAAUGAAAGCAUCCAAAUAGAGCCUGCAAAAUAUUAGGCCUAAAAAAUUUUGGAAUUAAAAAAGGCCGAGUAGAAAUGAACUAAGAACAGUCGUAAGACAAUUUAGAUUUACAAUAGAAUCGUCAGGCAUAUCAAAAAUUUGUAUUAGAAAAUAUUGAAAUUCAAAAAAUCGUGUAUGAAUGGCUGAAAAAAUAAUCAGAAAAUGUCAAUGUAAACAUGACGGAAUCGUUUAAAAAAAUGGUUACUUACUUGUGUAAGUCGUAUUAAGUAUAUCAGAAUUGAUAAACUUUAUGUGUGGAAUAAAGAACAAAAAAGCUGCCAAUAAAUUAUUGGAAUACAGGUAGUAUUUACAAUGGAAUCAUUGUGAUUUGGACCCAUUGAGAAGUAAUAAUUUAUGUUUGAAUAUCAUGUGGAUAUAGCCAAGAAAAAAACAAUAAAUGCUGGGAAAAAUUACCAAAAUCUUAGGAAAAACUACCACUGGACAUCAACUUUUCCUUAGAAUGGUUAAUAAUUCUUGUAGUAGCAAACGGAAUUGUGUAGAAAUAAUGCAGAAUCCGUACUAGUUGGAGUCUCUGUAAUAUGAAAGGAUUUUAUGUUGAUUAGGUAAAGUUAGUUUUUAAAGUUACAAAGUUAACACUAGAUAACUAAAUUGUAAUCAAUGUUACUCUGUAGUAAACAGUGAAGUAAGAAAGAAAAAAAGAAUAUUUUUGUAUUUUAAUCAUUUAUGCCAAGCAAAUAAAUAAGCCUGGCUUGAGAAGUACUUUUAACAUUUGCACACUCUUUGAAGUUGCCUAAGUUUUAAGGUAAUAUCUGGACUUCCUAAAACUGGCAAAAGUUGUUAUUCUCUCAGACUACAAACUUUUAGAAAAUGUUUGUUUAUCUAUAUUUAAUAGAAAAGAAAGCAAAAUUAAUGAAAAUGAAUAAGCUAUAGAUCAAGCUCGUGCUGCUAUAUAGAUUUCAUUUUUGUAAUUCUUUGAACUAGUUUUUCUGGAACAGAAUUAUUUAACAACAUAUAAAUAUUUUGAAAUAUUUAUCACUUGUUUUUUUUGUUACUUAUUUUUAAAAACAUAAAGACAUUUAAUCCAUAUCAACUACUGUUUAAAUUUUUUUCAUUUAACAACGGGUAUUUAUUUUCUAAUUUAGACAAACAUUGAGGAUAAAAAUGAGCCUCUUACGAUUCUAAUUUUUAAGUUUUAUUGGUUUUUAUCCAUGUUACAAUUUUCAAUCAAAUCAAGCUUUCCUAGUUUUGUGUAUAUCUAUGCUGAUUAGUACUACGGUACGAAUUUUUUUGUUUUUCCCUUAAUGAUUUUAUGAUAUUUUUACUAAAGUGGUUGUUUUGUUUUUUUCCUUAAAGUUAAUAUUUUUUUAUUUCAUUUUUUCAUUUAUUUUUGACAACCACUGCAGUGAUUAUGUUGUUUUGUGUGUAUUAGUUCUCCAUACUGUUAACCCUAGUAACCUAAAUUUAAAUCAGCGCCAUUCUGUUACAAAUUAUUCAAAGACUGUAGCAACUUGAUAGGUUUUUUUUUUUUUCUUCUUCCUCUUUUUGAAAACUUUAUAUAUAUACAUAAAAUUAACAAAUUUCAAAAAUAGUUUUUAAAUAAAAACGAUUUAUAUAUAUUUCAAUAUCUUUAUAAUUUAUUUAAGAAUUUUUUCAUUUGCUAAUUACUUAUUUUACUCUUAAUUUUACAAGUGAAAAUGCAUGAGUUUACAAUCUUCACAUUUCAAUCAGCCACCUUCUUGAAUUUCAUAAAAAUAUUUUUACAUGUUAAUUUUUCUUUCUUUCUCAUUUUACCCUUUAUUUGAUUUCUUACUUAGACAAAUUAUUUAAAAAAUUUACUUAUCUCAUCAUAAAAUUUACUUAUCUCAUCAUUGAAUAGUAUGCUAGAAAACUGGGUAUUUGUGGUAGGGAUCAACAAUUAGAAGAUUAAUAUAAAUAUGAACCUUGGUAUUAUGCUGAAGCUUCCCCUUCCCCCUUUCAUUGCUUUGCUAAAAAAAUUAUCUAGCUUAAAUCCAGGGAUGUUGCUAUUACUAAUUUUAUUUUACUUUAUUACAAAAAAAAACUAAGGGUUUUUUUUUUUUUUUUUUUUCUAGAUUCUUUUUGCAGCAUGCUUCACCACUAAUCUUAGCAUGAUUAGUCUAAUAUAUCAUAAAGUGACCUAACUUUUGCAAAUUGAGGGAUUCAAUAUAUAUUGAGGAAUAAUUUUGGAAAAAAAAGCUGAGUUUGUUGCCUAACAAAUAUUCCAUAAAGAUAACUAUUAAAUCUGCCAGGUUUCUUCUAUAUUUUUGAUCAUUUUCAAUACAAAUUUGGCUUUAUGAUCUGAUAAUUGCGUAAGAGUUGGGUUUUGCAAAAUGUAAAUUAAAAAUAGUAGAAUGGUUAGUCUGGUUCACAUAAUUUGUUAUUUCUAUUCUAAUUUUUCAAUUAUGAGUGUCCUGUAAAUUUUCAACAUUGUAUGCAUUAUUUCCUAUAUUGUAAUUAAAGAUGCAAGUUUGUAGGAGGGAAAGAAAUUCAGGGAAGAUUUGCAGUAACACAAAUUCUGGUACAAAAAAUCAUACAUAGUUAAAUUUUUCCUUCAAGUGGUUCAUGUUCAUUAAUAAUAUUUAACCAGCAUUUCUACUUUUUUUUUUUAAACACAAAGGAUUAGAAAUCUCAUUGUCAAGUGCAAUAGCUGGUGUUACCCCUCCGUUUCUAUAAAUUUUUUUAAGGUUAAUUUAACUUCAAAAAAAUAAUAAUAAUAAUAAACCUUGUUUUUUAAAAAAUGUUUGUCGAAAUAGCAGUAUUUUGUGACAUUCAUGGAGUUCAAAAAAUAAGAUCACUUCGAUAAAUUAUACUCCGCUGUAAACUUAAACCCUUAUUAUUAUGAUGCAAAAACUGGGCUACAAAUGCAGGAAUAAACUAUUGUCUUAUUUUAUGUGAUGUGAUUAUUUCUAAGGAACUGAGCAAUGUAAAAGUUUAAAUUGUUUGAAAAAUACAAAAUUGAUGAGUCUAAUACACACAUUUGUUGUUUUUUGUGUUGUUCUGAUUUUCAGUUAUAAAUAUGUAUGAUGUAAGCUUUCAACAUUGUGUGCAUUAUUUUCUAUAUUAUUAUGAUACAAAAACAACUAUAAACAUGACUAUAAUUUUCAAGAGUUUCUAUCAUCCAUAAAUCAUUGAAUUUGAUAUUUUUAAACUUUUGUUGCUAAUUUUAUUUUCCUUUUUUUUUUCUCAUAUUGAUCAUUUUUAUAAUACAAAGUGAUUUUAAGACAAACCUUUUAACUUAAACUAUUACUUUAAUAAAUUAAUAUGCGAUUUAGAUUUUAGAUUAUAAUGAAAGAUUGAAUAGCUUUUGUAGUUCUGUAUUUUUUAAAUUACAUAAUGUGUAUAUUUAUUUAAUGCAUAUUAUAUUAUGUAGAAAAAAAAACUGAGCUUUAUACUAUCUUUUAUAGAGAAUGAAAAAGUGACAGAUUUUGCAUCAUCAUAACUAAGUAUACUAUCAUUAUACUACGUAUAAUUCAUAAUAUAACACUUGAAUUUGUAUAUGUAUGCACAGACAUGUUUUUAAAGUGCUGAAUAUCUGUAAAAUAUUUGUCACAACAGUCUUGAUUACAAUAAAUAAAAUACGUAAUCAAUA